AUGCUCUUUAAUACUAUCUUUACGUUCCUUUGGGCAGUAGCCUUUGUUGCUGCAUUUCCUUUCUUUUCUCUGCCAAAAUGGCAGUCAUCUCGUCGCAAUGUUGAAGCGACAACAGUUGAGCCCCAGACGACUCAAGUUGCGCCUAGUCCUGCGGCAGAACAGGGUGGGUUCUGCGGCUGGGUGGCCGUGGAAGUGCCUGCAGAUGACCAGUCCAAGCAGCAGACUGGACAGCAGACCGGGCAACAAACCGGGCAGCAAAACAAAGAUCAGAAACACGAUGAGCCUUCUGCGCCCAGCCAAACUUUGGCUCCCAGCGUCCACUGGACCUGGGAUACCAGCGAUCCGAAGAAUGUGGAGCCUGUCGCUCCCAGAGGCGAUUCCCAGAUGUAUUAUGGUGUUUCCGAACCAACUCAGGAAGGCUACUUUGCUUUUUUGACUUAUCGCUUUACGCUGCCAUCAGUUAAUCUAGACCACUCGGAUCACGUUAAUAUUGAGUACACAGAGAACAGCAAUCUUGUCAUCAAGUUCAAGACUUCAGAGUCGUUUGAGCGCGCUACCAGGAGCUGGGAGGCUGGCAAAGAUUUAUUGCUAAUCGCGACUGCCAAAGGUUGUACCGGUCCGUCCACUGAGGAUCGCUGCUUCUUCCGGGCGACCGGCUUGACAGUGGACCAGGAGAAGCAAACCGUUAUCGCAAACGGUGCACCUGAACAUCCUGAAAAUGUGAUGGACUCUGCUGAGACCGAAUGGGGUCUGUGGGCACCACACAACACGACUGCGGGCAACUUUACCAGACCUGCUGGAAGCUCUUUCAAUUACACCGCCAAUGCUUCCGGAAAGGGGUCUUCAGAUACCCCGCGCGACAGCCACGGGUUGGCUACGGCCUCCUUGGGUCCCUCCUUUGACAGCACACUCGAUGGCGCGCUUGGAUACCAUGAGCUCCGUUCCGAGUCUGAAGCUUUUCUUGAUCAAAUCAUUGCCGAUGGUGAAGCUAUCAGCUCCGGUCAUAAUUCUACAAGUGCCAGGUGCGCCGAACCCGCCCCUGGAGAGCUUCGCCGACGCCGCGCUCUCCAAGCCCGAGGAUUCUGGUCCAACCUCUGGAAUGGCUUUGUGGACGCUGUCAAAACCGUAUACAACACUGUGGCGGACGCACUCACCAUUCAGGGUGACUUCAACGAGCCCGUUUCCUGGGACCUCCCUGGAGCUGAUGUCCCAAGAGAGACCUCGCCCUGGAGCGACAACUCUAUUGCACUGUUCAAGCACGAAUCAGCUUCCGAGACGGGAGAGUUUCAAGAGCAUGUCAACAUCUACUGCGUUGACUGUGGUGUAUCUGGCCAGGCCGUAUUCUCUGGCAAAGCAAAGAUUACUCCUCUCAAAGGCAUCUUUGAUGGUGAGCUCGCGCUUCGUACCAACAUGAAGAUGGUGCUCAAAGUCGGCGUCGACGCCCAGAUAAAAUACAGCAAGAACAUCCAGCAAGAUCUCUUCACAUUUGGGCUACCCGGUCUCUCCUAUGGAAUUGUUACCGUUGGCCCAUACAUUUCUGUGGCCGCCAAGGUUGGCCUGGAAGCGGCGGCCAAGGGCAAGCUCCUGGUCGGUGGCGAAAUGGGCCUCACGCAGGCAUCCGCCGUGCUUUACAUCUUUGAGCCGAGCAGAAGCACGGCGGCUGGAUGGACGCCCUACUUCAAGCCUGUUCUGGAAGCCGAGGGCGAGAUCAUGCUGGCUGCCAGUGCGGCGCUUCCUAUUGGCAUCAAGGUCGGCCUCAAGAUCGCCUCGUUUGAGACUGCGUUGGGAAUUAUGGAGGAGCCCGCUAUCAGUGCUGUUGCUCAGGUUGCGGGCUCAGCAAGUUACGACAAGGUGAACGGCUUUCAGGGAGGGUUCACGGAAUUUGAUGGUUGCGCCGGUAUCAGCACCAGCUUGAACUGGAGCAACAAGUUGUCUCUCGACAUUCUUGGUAUCACUUCCAAGGUGCUUCACGACACGGGACUCCAGCCCAUCGUAAAGGGUUGCCUGAAUCUCAAGAAGGCUGCCCCCUCCAAACCCAAGGGACCUGCCGUGUUCUUGGAAGUGCACAACCUUACAUCUGCUGAGUCCCACCGCGUCACCAACACUCCCUGA